AUGCCGGGCAGCUUAGCAUUGCCAUACAGGCAUUACACUACCGCGCAGCUUGCGAAGUUCGUAGCGCGCCGCGGUUUGUCAGUGUCGCUUCCGAAGAAGGCCUCUCAUGCCAGAAGACGCAGAGGUCUACUCGAUGCGUUGGAACAGUCUGAUGCAAACUUCCGAGUCCGCUUCUUUGACCUGCCAGGUGAAUUGCGGAACGCGAUAUACGAAUACCUUCUCACAAGCCCAAAGGACGAUGAGGGCGUUAUCACAUGCUAUCCUCAAAUACUGGCCACAUGUGAGCAAGUGAAUGAGGAGGCUACCAGCAUUCUCUACGGCGAGAACAAGAUCGAAAUCAGACUCGCUCCAGAUGGCGUCUUCGCCAACGGUAUCAGAUGCGGCGAAUACCAGCCCACCAAGAUAUCCGAUGGGGUCCUGACCAAGAAAGCCCUCGAUUUCACCACUAUCACAUGGCCCGACUUCUUACGGCGCGCUUACCACCUCAAUGUCAGAACACGCGACCAGGGCUGGAGGGCUAUCAAGUCGCGCAACAUCCUGCCCUCAGGCAAUAGCUUCGCCGCGCUCUCCAACACCGUCUACUCCUUAAGCACAUUCCUUGCCCGGGAUAACGAGGCCCGAAAUUGCAAAGUCGCCUUCCACUUUCCAGGCAACACCCAUAUCCUGGGAGAAGACUGGUGGAGAGCACGCUUCCAUGAAUCUCUAGAUCCAAUGCGACUAUUGACCGAUGGAAGGCCCGGGCAUGAUUUGCAUAGUGAUGACGCCAAGUAUCAUGGUCAGUUCGCCAACUGGGACGAGGGUCUACCAGAAAUCAUGGAAAGCCUUCUGGUCGACGGCACCUCUCAGAUCGCACGCUGGGCUUUCGACUGGGACUUCAACCUUCACUUCAUCACGAAGUUUCUCUUCCGCCUGGUUUUCUUCGUGCCGUGCCUGCUUCUCAUGAGACACUGCAAACGAGGGUACGAGAAAGAGCUCGCUGUCUUUCUGUGCGAGUUCUACGGUCGAGCUGCGAAGUGUCUCGCCGCAUCCAGAGCUAAAGGUUGGAGGAGGGUCUCUGAGAAUGGAUUCGGCCAUGUAUUGCGUGGAAUAGAUGAAAAGACGGCGCGAGAGCAAACGGAGUGGUAUUCGAGGAAGGAUAUCGAUUACCGUUUGUUCUUUGCGCGGUACGGCAAGGGUACGGCGGUGGACGAUGACGAAUACCAAAAGGACUGA